AUGACUGCUGAAGUUGUAGAUUACCGAGUUUCUCGACUUGUAGUCCUUUGUAAGGACUGCGGUCAUGAUGUUGGUCUCUAUCCUGCACGGCAUAAAUGUAAAAUACCUGAAGCAAAUAUUUCGAAGCAAUAUCUUUCACCUAAUUCCAAACAGUCUACUAAUAGUUUGUGGAGCAAACUUAAGACUGUAAAUAACUGGAAAGAAAUGGUUGAGGAUGAUUCUGUCUCACCAUCUCGAUCUACCUCUGGUACCAAAUUGUGGGAUAAAUUAUUAAGCGCUGCAUCAUCGGCUUAUAAUGGCUCUAUUGAUGGAAAUUCCGAUAAUGAAUCUGAAAAAGACGAUUGGGAAGGUGAAACUCAUAUUUCUCGUAUAUUACGCGAAUAUCAUCAACAAAAGAAUGGUGAUCUUCCUGAUUGGUUAUAUGAUCCUAAACCAACUUCUCCACAGAAAGAAUUUCCAAAAAAUUCUAUUCCUCCUCAGAUAAAUAACCUUCCUUCUAAUAGAAACUUUACAGAAGGUUACAAAAAUUCUUUACCAUAUGAUUCAAGCCCUUUUACCUCAAAUAAUAGUAACAGGGGUAGACAACCAAGAAUAAGUAAUCAAUUACCUUCAAGAUUAUAUCCUCCUUCUAAUAAUGGUAAUAAUUUAUCUCUCAAAACUUCACAUCAACAAUUACGUGUAAAUCCUGUCGAAUUUUAUCCUUCUAGUAGAGCAAGAAGUGUUAGUCCUAAUCCUCCAUUUCGUGAUUGGAAUGGUAAACAAGGUGUUACUAAACAAUCAAAUCAAUUAUUCAGAGCAAAUAAACAAGCUGGUUUCUUCUAA